AAAUAAUAGCUUUCUCCCCUCCAAUUUGUAAAUGAAAAAAACGGAAUAAACAAAAACAGCUUCACGGAUCAGUGAAGUUAUUAACUGACCCUAGGUCAAUAUAUGUAGGUCAACAUACCGGUCGGAUAGUGAAAAAAUAAUGCAGAAACGAGUUGAAGAAUGCUCUUUUUACAGUUUUUUCCCUUUUCCUUUCAUGCAUCAAGCAAGACAAAAAUAAUCUACCUCAGUUGCAGGCAUGGAGAGAGUCAGAGAGCAUUUUUAUUUAUUCGAAUCAGCCUUUCGAAAAUUCAACUUCCGCCGUAAAAGUUCCAGGACUGUUUUGAUCACUAUUUUUCUUCUACUUGUUUACGUGUUGUUACUCAGUAAAAGGAUAUUAUUCCAAGAUGGUAUUGACAGAAAACGAGAAGAUAUAAAAAGAGAAAACGCUAUAGAUUUCGAGAGACUCUUGUACUACGUACAACAUCCGAAGACUUUGUGUUAUACAGCUCUGUCAUUAGGAGGUCAGAAAGAUGAUAAAAACAGACUAGACGGCGAUAAGAUUAUUUGUCAAGAUUUGGGGAUGACUCUGCGACCACCUUGCUUGGUUUACUCCUUUGGUGGAAAUGAUGAAUGGUCGUUUGAGGAGGAAGUGGUAAAAUUCGGAUGUGAAGUUUACACUUUUGAUCCAAGUUUGAAAAUGAGCAGCCACAAACACAAAGCCAACAUAUGGUUCCAUCCUUUUGGAAUAUCUGACUUUAAUGAAGAUAGAUUUCUACGAAAAGAGUUGGUGACAUGGAAGAUGAGAACCCUGGAUGAUAUUAUGGAAUUCCUUGGUCAUCAAAAUCGAACCCUUGAUAUUCUUAAGUUAGACAUCGAAGGCGAUGAGUGGAAGGUUCUGGAAGAUAUGUUGGAAAAGAAAUUAUUCAAGAAAAUAAACCAUCUUUGCGUGGAAGUCCACCUGCAUUCAGGAAACUGGGCUCGCAAGCUUCAGAUUCUUCGGAAGUUGGAAGGGGAAGGCCAAAUGAGAUUUUUCAGCUCAAGAAAGAACCAAGUAACACGUCCCAGACACGUGCCUGGUACCCGUAACAGAACAGAACAAUUAUUUUACGAACUUGCGUGGUUCAGUGAUAAGAACCCUAAUUGAAAAUAUUCGUUGACAGCGCUAUCUUCGAAUCAUUAUUUUGACAACAGCGAGUACCAACGGUUGAGACAAGUACGUGCCAAAGCGGAUGGAUAAGAAAAUCCAACUAAAAAUCAACGACCUGAUCAAGGUCAAUAUCAUGGUCAGUUCUCGUGUAUUUACAGAUUUAGAGAGUA